GGAGAAAUGCCGAUUCGUAUACCCCAGAGCCUGACAGAUAGCCAUACCAGUUUGAAAUUCAUAUCCGUUGGUUAUGACCUAACAGUCCGGUACGGGCAGCCAAAACAGCGAUAGGUGUCACAUUUACUCGGGGAGUACUACUGCCCCGAUUCACGUUUUGUUUGGAGCUUUGUCUUGUGUAUGGCUAGUAAGGAUUGACAAAAAGCAAUGCAUUAUUUGUGUGACAGAUGGGCUAUUGUGUGAAAUCUACGACUCACCACCAACAUGACCUCCAGCGUCACACGUAGGGUAGUGCGUACGGGUGGGAGUUGUCUGGUGAAACGCAUUGUUGUGUUGGGGGACGAGUCGUCCGUAGUGCUGCUGCUGUUGCUGCUGCAAUUUGCUCCUUGUCGACUGUGGCUAGCGAGUACUCUAGCCUAUGAAUGGUCCACAAAGCAAUUAACUGUGUGUUCUCUGUAGAAUUUCAUAUCGGAACUUUACAGGCUCCAAGAAGGCCUCUUUCUAUUUUAUUAGCAACUGAAAAGAGCCCAGUAUCGCCCGUUGGAUGAGAAGAGUGUGUACGGAAUUAGAGCCACUUAGCAGGCCUUAUCGCCAUUGCUUUGUAAGGCUGCUGGCUAGCUACCGUCUUCUUCAGCUGGCAAAACAGUUCGUGCAUCCGAGCAACACGGAGCAUCAAAAUGAAGAAGAAAGCUCGGCAGCACCGUGUUGCGGUGCCGCAGAGGCCGCCAUCUCCCAUCAAGCCUUCCCCCAACAAGCAGAUCUUGACUUACGCCCAGGCGCAACGCAUGGUAGAGUUCGAGAUUGACGGCCGCAUUCAUCGGCUCAGCAUAUACGACAAGCUGGACGUGAUCUCAGAUGAUGACCCCAUGGUGCAGGAGAUGAUGGAGUGCACCAGCAAUAAAGAGAAUGCUGAGAAACCACAGCAGCAGGUCCUCCUAAGGUCAGUGAGACUAAAAAACAACCAGGAGAAGAGAAACGCUGCACUGGGCAUCACUAGUCAUGGAGAAGGAACUGGGCAUCAUGCCGGUGGUAAUGCCAGUCCAAAGCUUCCAGAGCCUAAGUUCCGUACAGUGGAAUAUAACCUUCCAGCAGUUCCGAAGCGUCCAGCCACUUUUUAUAAAUACACAGAGAAAACAGAGGAAGAGUUGGAUGAGGAAACAGAAUAUGACAUGGAUGAGGAAGAUUACGCCUGGCUAGAUUUGGUCAAUGAAAAACGGCGAAGCGAAGGGGUCAGUCAGGUCUCACACAAUGUUUUUGAGUUCCUUGUUGAUCGCUUUGAGAAAGAACUGUACCUGGAGAGCCUGGAUCAAGGCAGUGAAAAGCAAGCUUCCAUUGAUGAGGAUGCCGUCUGCUGCAUCUGCAUGGAUGGCGAGUGUCACAACAGCAACGCUAUUUUAUUUUGUGAUAUGUGCAACGUGGCUGUGCAUCAAGAAUGUUAUGGCGUGCCCUAUAUUCCCGAGGGCCAGUGGCUGUGCAGACACUGCCUCCAGUCACCCACUCAGCCUGCAGACUGCAUUCUUUGUCCCAACAAGGGUGGAGCAGUGAAGAAGACUGAUGAUGACCGCUGGGGUCAUGUGGUGUGUGCGCUCUGGGUCCCUGAGGUGGGCUUCUCCAAUACCACCUUCAUUGAACCCAUUGAUGGUGUCAGCCACAUUCCUCCAGCCCGCUGGAAGCUCACCUGUUACCUCUGCAAGGAGAAAGGUGUUGGGGCAUGCAUCCAGUGCCACAAAGCCAACUGUUACACGGCCUUCCAUGUCAGCUGUGCCCAAAAUGCUGGCCUCUUUAUGAAGAUGGAACCAUUCAGAGAGGUAACAGAAACAGGAGAACCCACCUUCUCUGUGAAAAAGACAGCUUACUGUGGAGCUCACACACCUAAUGGGUGUGUAAGGAGGCCUCUAACAAUCUAUGAUGAUGCUAAACCCAAAAAUGGAAUAUGUAAGAAAGUAGACAAAGGGAGAGCUGCUCGUAAAGGACAGUCAAAAGGAAAGCAAAAGAAGAAGAGUAAGAAUAAGAAGCCUGAGCCUGAAGUUGAAAGUGAAGCUGCAACCCCUGCUACUGUGCCUACUUUUCCUGCUCACAGGUUACAAACCAUUCUGAACCAGGUGUCAGUCCAGAAGAAGAAAGCAUUUGUGGAGCUGGUCCUAAAUUACUGGACACUAAAGAGGCAGUCCAGGAAUGGGCUUCCCCUCAUCAGACGCCUUCAAACAAGCCUUCAGUCUCAGAAGAAUGCGCAACCGGUUUGUUCAUCUAGGCAGAGUGAGGAGGAGAGUAGGGCAUUAAAGGACCAGUUGAAGGAAUGGCACCGUCUCCGACACGACCUGGAGCGAGCCCGGCUGCUGCUGGAAUUAAUCCGCAAGAGGGAGAAGCUCAAGAGGGAAGAGAUUAAGCUGCAGGAGACCCUCCUAGAGAUGCAGCUGACUCCUUUCAGUAUUUUGCUCAGAGCUCUCUUGGACCAACUUCAGGCAAAAGACCAGGCCAGGAUCUUUGCCCAGCCGGUUGAUGUUAAUGAGGUGCCUGACUACCUCGAUCACAUCAAGCACCCAAUGGACUUCUCCACCAUGAGGCAGCGCAUUGAUGCCCAGGGCUACAACAAUUUUGAGCAGUUUGAGAAUGACUUCAACCUCAUUAUUGAAAAUUGCAUGAAGUAUAACUCAAAGGACACCUAUUUCUACCGGGCUUCUGUUCGCCUCCGAGAUCAGGGUGGGGCCCUGCUGAGAAAGGCACGGCGUGAUGUAGAGAAAAUCGGCUUUGACGUGGAAAGCGGCAUGCAUCUGGCCGAGGCUCCAGAAAUCAAAGCACAACCAUCCUUUUCUUGGGAGGACGUGGACCGCCUACUUGUACCAGCCAAUCGGGAGCAUCUGUCUCUGGACAAGCAGCUGCAGCAGCUACUGGAGAAGUUUGACCUCACCUGUGCCAUGAAGUCCAGCCCUUCACGUAGCAAGCGUCUAAAGCUACUCAAAAAGACCAUUAACGAUGUUCGCAAUGAAAUGAGCCUAAAAAGAGUUCUACCCUCCCACCACCACUCUUCUUCCUCCACAACUCCUUCCACAUCAGCACCAUCCUCAUCAGCUCCCACCCACCUAGAGAUGGGUAAACCUAAAGAAGAGAGAAUGAAGCCUAUCGGACAUUUUCCAGAUGAUGAGGGAGACAAGUCCCUUCCCCCUAAACUGGAGCCAUCAGACUCCAUACCACCCCUCAUUCAUUCAGACACAGAUUCUGAACCCCCCACCCUCAAGCCAAUUGACGCCGCCCCAGACUGUGAUGACAAGACUCACAGCAAGCAAGUCAAGUUUGAUAGGGAAAUCCCAGACCUGCUCUCUUCUACUCCACGCCUCAACGGCCACUCCUGUGACGGCCUCCAGAACUCGUUGUUGGAUGGAGAUGUGAGUGUGGUGGCCACAUCGACGCUCGCCGAGCCCACGGGAACAGUUAACCGCCGGACCGCCGUGCUCUUCCGCAAAUCGAAGACUUCCAGUCCACACAAGCCCCCGAGGAGCGGAGAGGAGGGGGCUGACAGCGUUGAUAGAAAAGAAGACGAGGAGGAGGAAGAUGAAGACGGUGCACAGCUGGGUUCCAAAUCCUUCCUGUCAGUGGUAAUACCCAGGCUGGAAACGCUACUUCACAGCAAGAAGAGGAAGCACAGUGGCAGCAGAGAGCGCAAGGAGGAAGGGGGAGGGGAGGGAGACCAUGAAGAGGAGGGAGAGUCUCCUGUGAAACGAUUUGACACUGGUCUCUCAAGUGGUUUUCUGGAAGAGGAGGAGAAGGAGCUAGAAGAGCCCAGUAGAACCAGUAGACCUGUGGAGCCACGAAGACGCUGUGCCUCUGAGUCCUCCAUCUCCUCAUGUAGCAGUCUGCCAGGAAGCACCAGCACCAUUCUAAGUCUUCCAAAAUGUGGGAAGGGAAAACCUGCCUUGGUCCGGAGAAACACUGUGGACGAUAAGAGUGAAUUAAUCGCCUGCAUUGAAACCGGGAAUUUUGCAAAAGCAGCACGAAUUGCUGCUGAGGUUGGCAACAGCAAUAUCUGGAUGCCCGCUAGUGCUGCAACAGUUGCAUUGGAACCCCUAAAGCUAGUUUGGGCCAAAUGUAGUGGAUACCCUUCCUACCCAGCCUUGAUCAUCGACCCCCACAUGCCGCGUGUAGGCUGCCAACACAAUGGGGUGUCCAUCCCCAUGCCCCCCAUGGAUGUGCUACGCAUCGGAGAACAGAUGCAGUACAAAGCCGAAGAGAAACUCUACCUCGUCCUCUUCUUCGACAACAAGCGUAGCUGGCAGUGGCUUCCUAGAUCCAAGAUGGUUCCCCUGGGGAUGGACAAGACCAUAGACAAGAUCAAAAUGAUGGAGGGCCGCACAUCCAGCAUUCGCAAGGCUGUCCAGAUUGCCUUCAGCCGUGCCAUGAACCACCUAAGCAUAGUGCAGGACGAGCCAGUCAGUGACCUCAGUGAUGUGGAUUGAUGACACGCGCUGGCUCUUUCCCCAACACACACACACAAACUUGUACCUCUCCUGUACCAAAUACCUCCCCCCCCCUCCACCUUUCUGUCUGGGACUCAAAUGUUUACUGGGCACCUUCUGUAACAGGUGGUGUCUGUUCCUCAUCCAUUCCUACUCAUACACACUCCUACCAUGUGCCGAUGGGAUACGGCUGCUGCUGAAUGUGAAUGUGUCUACUUAUCCUCUCCACCUCCAGGCUGGUAACUGUGCUUAGAGACUAGUCCCUUUUUGUCACCCCCACCCUCACUCCACCAAUCACGACUGUCAUUUUCAUCUAACACCUCAAGGCAAAAACCUUAGUGAUUGAUUCCGUACAGUUUGGUAACCUUACCAAGGUCCGUUAUUCUGUCAGUGGCCGAUCAUAAUUUCAGUUACAAGUGACUAAAAAAGAAGCAUCUAGUAUCUGGUAAACCAGCUAAAGUGGAUUAAAAAAAACGUACAUUUCCUGCCUACAUGAGGGCUGUUCAAUUGCAUUGAAUCAGCUGUAGCCAAAGCUUACGUUAAUGUCAAGGUCACAUUUACAUACGGAAGUCAUCUCCAUUUACAAAAUCUUCCUUUGUAUUUAAACUGUAAAUAAUCUGUACAGUUGCCUGACACUAACUUAUUUUGUAGUUUUGACAUAAAUGGGUACUGUAUAGGAGUUUUCUUAGUAUUUAUACUUGAUGCGUUCUUGGCAUUAAGGUGUGAGUGCUAUAUUGCCAGUGCUGUAUGAUCAAGAAGAAUUAAAAAAAAAUUGCAAAAGCCUUAGUAUUAAGGAGAUUAGGGCUAAAAUGUCAUGUUUCUGAAAAGUAUGAAAGUAUUCCCUUUUUCAGUUUUUUUUAAGUUAUUGGAGUUUAUAAUCAUAAGCUUCCAUUUUGGCAUUAAUCUUUUUUGUAUAAAAAUAGUUUUAGUAUAUUUUUGUUCAUAUAUAUUUAUAUGAUUUGAAUACACAGUAAUACAGUAUGUAAGUCUCUGAAGCUCAUACAAGGCAGUCUGAUGUUGUGGACACAGAACAUAUAUUAUUCUCAAGAAACCAAAAAUGUUGCUACCCAGAUGUUUUUUGAUGAUUAAUUUUCUGUGUGAUGUGUGAAAUUGUUGCCAAAAAAGAAAAAAGUGUGUAUUUUUAUGUGAUACAUUUGACUGUUACUUGGUUUUGCUGUAGUCGUAGGGAGAUGUGCCUGCGUUAACUUAUUGUAAAGUAUUUGCAUUACUUUAUAUUCAAGGAAAGACGUGCAAACUGAUUGUGGUAAAGUGGCACAUUUUGUGGUGGAUACUUGCCUUCUUUUUAAGUAACCUUUUUCUAACUUUUUUUUGUAGUUGUAGACUUCAAGACAUUUCAUUUUAUACUAUUGCUUAUUUUUUCUGGGUAGCAUUGGGUAGUUUUGGUAUAUUUCAUUUUGUACUUAACUGUAGUAGUUUUUUAAAUCAGGUCAUACAAAAUAUUGCUGGGACUGUUUU